UGUUGGUGAUGGUGGUAGUUGUAGUAGUCAGAGCAGCAGCAGCGGUGUGUGUCACAGCCAAUCUGUGUGCGGCCAAGCAUUCCAUUUGUGCAUCCUUCGCGCAUCCUCGGGCCACGCUCUCGGAUCGUGCAGCAGUUCAGCAGACCACGCGUACCGUCGCAUCCAAGAUGGAGUCCCAGGAUGGCGCCACCGUGACCACGCGCACAACCGUCACUACCAAAACGGUUGCAUCCGCGGGUACCCCGAAGCCCAUGUCACCGUUCGCCAAGUUCCGGCAGCUCGAUAAGCAGAACUCCGUCUCGUCGCAGUCGCCACCCAACUCCCCGAAAACACCUACUACUCCAACCACACCGUCUGCCGCGAUGAUGGGGCCAAUGUUUAAGUUUACCGAUCCGGCACUGAACCGUCGCGCCGCUACUGUUAAGGAUCAGUUGUUGCAGUGGUGCCAGAUGAAGACUAAGGAAUACGAGAACGUUAAGAUAGACAACUUCUCCACCAGCUGGUCAGAUGGAAUGGCAUUCUGUGCACUGAUUCACCAUUUCCUGCCAGAUGCUUUUGACUUUAGCAAACUAACACCGCAACAACGACGCCAUAAUUUUACACUCGCCUUCCGAGUGGCUGAUGAAAAAGCCGGGAUCGCGCCCCUGUUGGAUGUUGACGAUAUGGUUGCCAUGCGAAAGCCUGACUGGAAGUGUGUCUUCACUUACAUACAGUCGAUCUAUCGGCGAUUUAAAAAUGAGGACUAGUAACGAUGGACCCCGACAGAGUGAGAGAGAAUGCUGGAGGAUGAAAACAUUGCGGACCAUGACGAGCCCCACAU